AUGCCCGAGUGGAUCUCCUCGUUCCCCGGCUACUCGCAACUAGUUAGACGCCUCAAGAAAAUCUUGGGUGGAAUCAUUUGCACUGGCCCCAUCCCUCGGCAUGUUGGAGUCAUCAUGGAUGGAAAUAGAAGGUACGCUAGAACGCACAAGAUCGAGUUGAAGGAAGGCCACAAUCUGGGCUUCGACACCAUGGCAUCCAUCUUGGAGCUAUUGUACGAGUCUGGAGUGGAAUGUGCCACCGUUUAUGCUUUCUCCAUCGAGAACUUCAAAAGGCUGAAGUACGAGGUGGAGUGGCUCAUGGAUUUGGCCAAAUCGAAGCUUCGUCAAAUCAGCCAGCAUGGAGAUCUCUGUGACCAGUACGGAAUCCGCAUUCGCAUAUUAGGCAACACACUGUUGCUCCCGAGUGAUGUGCGUAAGAUCUUAAGAGAAACUGAGGAAAUGACGAAGCACAACACGAAAGCAGUGCUCAAUGUCUGCUUCCCAUAUACCCUGAGAGACGAGAUUGCUCACUCGGUGAAAAGUGUUGUUGAAGAGGCGUCUCAGGAUGCUUCAGUUGUCAUUGACGAGUCUACCAUUGACCGCCACUUAUAUACGGCGGACUCUCCACCAGUUGACAUUCUAAUUCGAACUAGUGGCACUUACAGACUUCUGGACUUCUUGUUGUGGCAGCUGGUACCUUCUACGUGUGCCAUAGUAUUCAGUGACAAGAUGUGGCCGGAGUUUUCAACAUGGGACAUGACUCGUAUACUUCUCAACUGGAGUUUCAAUACAUACUGGUAUGGGGCUGGGUCCGGUCAGACUAUGGAAAAGGUGGGUCGGGCAGAGGUCAAAAGAGUGGAGGGGUCCAUUGAGCGGAUUCAAUCAUCUGAACCUGGGUCUCUGACAGCUUACGAACGUUAUGCUAUGGACAGUGAUAGUGACUCAAGGUCCGAUAAGGCAGACACAGUGACAUCUGUGAGUCUGCCGGAAAAGGAACGGGAGAAGUAA